AGCACCAGAACAGCAUCAGUUGAUCACACUCAGUUCCCAGUCAUCAUCACAAUGAAGUACUCCUGUGUUCUGCUCCUUUUGGCCACCGUCGCCUGUUUCCUGGUGAGCCUGUCCAGUGCCAGUACCACGACCACGACCACGACAGAUGCCACCACCACAACGACCACCGCCUCGUCCUCGGACACCACCACCACCACAGCCUCGUCAUCGGACACCACGACCACCACGGAAGCGUCCUCUUCCAAGAAGAAGAAGCACGUGACCCACUACAAGCGCAAGGUGCACCGCCCCAAGAAGAUCAGGAAGAUCCGCCGCAACAGGAACAGGAGGAACAGGAACCGCAGCGGUUAAUCUGCUAGAAAAAAUCCACAACCCCCUUCCCCGAUACCCAAGAUCCCGAUACCCGAUUCCCAACUAGCUUUAUAAUUUUACCUUACUUGCAUUAUGGCAUCAAUAAAAUGAUACUUU